CUCAGUUUUUCUUCUAAAUUCAUAUUUUAUUUACAGUCAUAUUUUUUCCAGUCUUACUCCGUAAAGCCGGCUUUAACGCUGGGUGCUUUCUCAAUGCGGACGAAGUUCGGUUAAAGUUUAAUACCAGCACAACUUCUUUAUUUAGUAUGUUCAUUUGAAAGCAGUUUGCUAUCGUUAUUUAGCAGCUACCAACUUAGCCUUAACAGCUAAUGUGAAAGUAACUUCACAUGGAUCGAUGUUCGUGUCAAGACUGAGUCUCAGGCGACUUUGAAUGUGAUUUCAGACCGCUGUGAAAGUGGAAUAGUGUCCUUAAAAAAAGAAGGACGAUGCCACGCUUGCAGUCCGGUGUGUGGAAGCAUUUCACCCCUAUCAUCAAAGAUGGGCGGGAAACCUUCAUGUGCAACUACUGUUCAAGGACAUACACCAAGAAUGCCACCAAGAUGCAGAUGCAUCUGGACAAAUGCAAGGAGUACUCUGUGGUUUCACAGCAAUCACCGAGUCCAGAUGGAAGCUCCUCUGCCUCCAUUCCUGUUCCCUCCUUCUCAUUUUUACCAUCCGCCUCUCCUGGGGGACAGUUCCUCAUUGAUUCAGUGGAUCAGCGCAGUCAGGUGUAUGGUGACGAGUGCCUGGCGAGGGCUGUGUAUGCCACCUCCUCACCGCUCACCCUCACAGACAAUAUUUAUUGGAAACGAUUUUUCAGCGUGCUCCGGCCCGCUUACUGUCCGCCCACUAGAGAGGCUCUGUCCUCUCAUCUCUUGGACUGUGAGUAUGACAGAGUACAAAGCCAGGUUCAUGAGGCCAUAGAGAAAGCAGACUGUGUCACCAUCAUCUGCAGUGGGUGGUCUAACUUAAAAGAGACUGGAACUAUCAUUUACAUCAUUGCAACACCUGCACCACUGUUUUACAAAUGUACAGAGGCAAAGGAGCAGAAAUAUGCAAGCAAGUUUAUUGCUGGGGAACUAAAAGAAAUCAUAAAUGAAGUUGGCCCACAAAAGGUCUUCGCUGUUGUCACUGAUGAUGCCCCGGAAAUGAUGGCAGCUUGGGCUGAAGUAGAAGAGGUCUUCCCACACAUAUCAGCUAUCGGUUGCACAGCAUUUGGCAUCCAGCAGCUAUUUGAUGGAAUUGUGGCACAACCAUCAAUGAAAGCGCUGUGCAGGAGAGCUGAGCAGGUGGUGAAGUAUGUUACCGAGCAAAAACUAUUAGCAGAGACCUUAAGGUGCUGGCAGACCACAAAGACAAGAAAGCACGCUGCCAAUGAGACCGUACUGGCAUUGCCUACUGGCUCUGACUGGACAGGUGUGGUUAACAUGUUCAACAGCCUCCUGGAGGCUCAGAACUCACUCCAAGAGAUGGCCAUCUCACCCACACUGGAUGCUGAAGUCAGGGCCGCAUUACAGGAUGCAGCAUUUUGGAAAGAGUUAGGUAGCAGCCAAAACCUUCUCUACUUGAUUGGGAAUCAUAUUGAUUACAUGAAAAGAGAUGAUGCUGUACUCUCAGAUGUUGUUGACAUGUUCAGUCAGUUAAGAUAUCACAUUGGAGCUUCCCUGUCUGAGACUGUGCUGAACAGUAAUGAACAGAAAGCUGUCAUGGCAUCAUUCGACAAGUGUCAGGAGUUUUGCGUCAAGCCCAUCCAUGCAGCGGCAUACAUGCUGGAUCCAAAGCAUGUUGGACAGCAGACGCUCUCUGGGGAGCAGAUCAGCAGUGCCUUCUAUGUCAUCUCCAACGUCUCACACCAUCUAGAUCUUGAUGAGGGUAAGGUGCUUGGUAGCUUUGCCAGGUUCUCAGCUAAGCAGGGUCUAUGGAAGGGGGCUGGGAUAUGGAGCUCAUGCCAGCAUGUGUCCGCAUCCAUCUGGUGGAAAGGGCUGUGUUCCUCUGAGCUGCUGUCCCCCGUGGCCUCCACAAUACUCCAGAUCCCACCAACAACCGGAAUAUGCGAGAGCCUGCAGACACACUUUUGCAGUACAAAGGAGCAAGGUUCUCUCUCAGCCGACAGGGUACAAAAACUGGUAGCAGUGCAGACAAAUCUCAAGACUUUAGAGCCAAGCGAUUUUGAGUGUGCUCCUUUGGAGAGUGGGGAAGAUGGAAAAGUUUCAUUUAAAUCUGAGACUCAGUAGCAAAAAAAGAUGAGAUACCCUGAAGCUAUGUAGCGCAGACAACAUGGAUUGUGAUUCUCAUUUCUUGGGAAGGGAAAUAAAAAUGGACUUGCAAGUAAAUAAAAUACUGACAGUUUAUUAGAUUAAAUGUACAUUUCUAGUUAAAUGUAUGGGGUUAGUUUGAAGUUUCUUAACUGUAAUUGCACUGCUCACAUUCCUUUCUUUAAUCUGAAUCUCUUAAAAGAGAGAAGGCAUUAAAACAGUCGAAUAAUAUAGCCACAAGCAGCUAUUUGCGGGUUCAAACCUUUUUGCACUCAACAGAAAGAAGCAGCUCAAUCGGCCAAAAUUAAAGCCGCAAGCAGCAACAAGCGGGUUUCAGGCUUCACAAUGGUUAGCAAAGUUACUUCAGCUAGUUUAAUUCUGUUUAAAGAAGGAGUGAGACCAAUCACAUAUAGGGUUGCAAAGGGGUAAAAACUUUCCGAUAAAUUUCCGGAAACUUUCCAUGGGUAGUUUAGCUGGGGAAUUUUGGGAAUAUUCCAAGUUGGACACUUUCCAUGGGAGUUUAUGGAAAUUAACAUGAAUUAACUGGAAAUUUUGAGUAAUUUAUACAAACUGUAACAACUGUAUACAGACUUAAAUAUACACAUUUUGUUUUGUCAUAAGCAGACAUGCAUGCAAACUAAUACAUUUUUUUUUAAAAUAACAUUUUGAUUGAUUUUUUUGUGAUUAGAACUUUAAUCAAUUAUUUCAUUGAACAACAAAAACAUGAAUGUUAAGUGAAGUAAACAUUUUCCCUUCUAGAAAUCGUGUGUGCAUGUGUUGGAGGAAUGCACAGUGCAUGUAGGGGGUGUGGCCCUGCAGUAAGUAAUGCACUAUGUUCAUGUGAUUGACGAAUACAGAUAUUCAACUGUAUUUGCGUUAAAUCUGGUUGUUUUAACCAAGCUUAUGCUACAAGACCUUUUUUUCCUACUACAUUUUCCAGUUAUAGGUUAACAUGCAAUUUUGUACAUUUCCAGUUUAUUCCCAUUAAUUCCCAUAGAAAGUUUCCAACUUUGAAAAUUCCCAGAAUUUUGCAGCCCUAAUCACAGACCUGUUUCAUCAUCACAAGCCCUGCAGCAUUUGAAUAAUCCUGCACUCAGAGUUCCACCAUUCACUGUUCAAUGUGAACUUGGUGUGUAUGUUCAGGAGAUGGUGCAGGAUGUCUCGUGAGUUUAAUCAGGAUUGCUCAAAAGUUAUGAGCAAAUAUGUGAUUGCCACACCCACUUUUACUAAUCAGUACUGCACAAGUCUGUGGUUUAUACUUGCCCCCAGAGCAUGCUAUCCAAAUUUGGUGAAAUUCUGUUUACUAGAUUUUGAGGUAUACAUUUUCAAUAUUUGUGGCGCCCUCUAUGAGUUAGGCACAAAAUGCUUUGGUAAAUGCUUCAGACAUGAUACCUGCCAAGAUUUAUGAUGGUAGGAGAAAUGAUAAAUGAAUAGCUAAAUUUUCCUGCUAAGCCUCGCCAUUUGUGAAGUUUUUUUUUAAGUUGAUGGUGGCCAUGUUUUUCGGCUUAUUUAUAAUAGAAAUGGGUAUCUUAGUCCCACAAUGCUGUAUACCCAAUUUGGUGUUGGAAACAGUCAAAAUCCAAAAAGUUCUGUUCACAUUACAAUUAUUUACAGUGCCACCAUCUGGCCGAUUGAGCUCAUGUUACUUGGGAAGCACUUGCACAUUAUUUCUCAGUUUAUUGUGCCAAUUUUUAGACUGUUUUCAGUUAUUUGAGCCUAAUGUUGCCUUUAUGUUUUAUUAAUGUAUAAUGCAUAUUCAUUUUGUAGAUGUUGUUUUACAAAUAGUAUA